CUUCCCUCCCUUUUUUUUAUGCUUCCUUUAAUUUUCCACACCAUUUAUAUUCUCUGCCUCUGCGUCACUCCUCCCACCUAGGGUUUCCUUCCCUCUCGAUUUCUCCCUUUCUUCCCUUCGAUUCAUCUCUUGCAAUUCUGCGCGCCAAACCCAGUUAUAAAUUGUUAAGGAACGUCUAUAGAGAUCCAAUUCCGAGGAUGUUGCGUUUGCGUAUUUGUCGUCGAAUACUGAAUGAAGCUCCACUUCCACUGGUGAAUGUUUUGGCCAGUCCUGAUUCCCAGGCAGACGCUCUGGGAUCUUUUAGUUAUGUGUUGGUUGUCUUGGUAUUAUUUAUAAUGUUGAUCAGGUCUCAGGCGCGUUGUUCUUUGCAGUAUUUUAAUCUUGCUCCGUUAGUUUAUGUUAAAGGAUUGAAUGAACCGAGCGCAUUAAUAUGUUCCCCAUGCGUAUUUGUACAAAAUAUGAUCAAGCUGGGAUUUUGGUUAGUUCUUUCUGUCUUUCUAGCUGUGUGGUGUGGUCGUACUUAGUGUCGUGUGAAAUUGUUGAUAGUUGGACUUUAGUUAAAUGGUUGGUGUUUUUCUUUCAUUUUGCUGGUUCGAUUAGUGGCAACGAUGGAGGUAUCAUUAAUGGAUCCUUAUGGGACCAAUCCCGGACCAAUUGAGAGCUUGGUGCUAUAUGACCAAGAGAAGCAUGUUUCUUCAGCGGUUUGGGAUGGGCAGGAGCGUGGUGCACUUAGGUGUCAUGAGCACACUUCCAAGCUUGAUCAGUGGACACUUACGGCCAAACAAAUUGAAUUAGUAGAGAGAGCUGGAUUUGGGUACUUGAGAUUGAUUCCUGCAAUUAGUCUGGAUAAUCCACUCAUCUCCGCUUUGGUUGAGAGGUGGAGAAGAGAAACAAAUACCUUCCACUUGAAUGUUGGGGAAAUGACUGUAACCCUGAAAGAUGUCGUUCUCUUACUGGGACUAGAAAUUGAUGGAGAUCCUGUUAUUGGUCUAACAUAUACAACCUGCCACUCUGUCUGCGAAAGGUAUCUAGGCAGAGCACCGGAUCCUGGCUAUACAAGUGGUGGAAUGGUGAAGCUUAGUUGGUUGAAAGAGUUCUUUUCUCGGUGCCAUGAAGAUGCUCCAAUGGAAAUUGUCGAACGCCAUACGCGUGCUUACCUUCUUUACCUCGUAGGAAGUACAAUAUUUUCCACCACAACUGGGAAUAAAGUACCUGUCAUGUACCUUCCUUUGUUUGAGAGUUUUGACCAGUGUGGGAAGUUUGCUUGGGGAGCAGCUGCACUAGCAUUUUUGUAUAGAGCUCUUGGGAACGCUUCCUUAAGAUCACAAAGUACCAUCAGCGGUUGCUUAACCUUAUUACAGUGUUGGAGUUACUUUCACCUUAAUAUUGGGCGUCCGAAGCUAAAUCAAGAUCCAAUGCAUAAUCGCUUUCCAUUUGUGCUUAGAUGGAAGGGCAAACAAAGUGGUCCAACAGCAAACCGUGAUGUAGUAUUUUAUCGCAAGGCUUUAGAUUCCCUGAAACCAUGUGACGUGGAGUGGCUACCUUAUAGAAACAUGGACAGUAUGCUAAUUCCAGAAGAUAUUAAAAGUUCUUUGAUACUUGGGAGGGCGAAGACAAUGUUGAUUUCUUUUGAUAAGGCAGAGAGGCAUCUUCCUAACCGUUGUUUAAGGCAGUAUGGUAUGCAUCAGGCAAUUCCAGAAGAUGUACUGCGGUGGGAGAGAAAGAGCCGGGGUGUUGAUGGAGGGGUUGACUUGUCAGCGAAGAUGGAAGUUGAGCUUAACGAAUGGAAGGAACGUAGACUCCAGAUUGUUGAUGGUGAUGAUAGUGUAGAUGAGAAUGAAUACAUGCAAUGGUAUCUGAAGAUUACUCGUAGGUUUGUUGGGAGGCCUAUAUCUCUCUCAUCUGAGUUUCAGAGGACGAAUGCUGGUUUGAGGGAUAUUGCACACAUAGCAGAUACUUUCUCAACCAAAGGGUUGGAUCAGCAACAAAUUGAUUUGAUUUCAAGGAUAAGAUACAUUGCCCAUGAAUGUUUAAGAGACCAAGUCGGAGGCCCAAUUAUUUUGUCCUCCACCCCCCAAAUUGAACUUGGGAAACGGGUUAGGGGAAAGGAGAGAGUCAGAAGAAAAGGUACUGGAAAGCGUGGAAGGAAGGAGGAUCAAUUGCAAUACAACGCAGUUAGUGAGGACGAACAAUCUCAUUUUUGUGAUUCUGCCAUUGAGGUUGAUCAAUUACAACUGCAUCACAUGGAUAGAGAGAUGGAGCAUCCAGAGUUAUGUUCUGUUGAUACGGAGGUCAAUCAUUUACCGCUGAUUCAUGAAGUUGACGAGGACGAGAACAUGCAAUUAUGUGAUGGCAAUUUAGGGGUUGACCAUUCUGACAUGAUCCAUAACGCAGCUGGUGGAAAUAUGGCCGAGUUAAGCCAUGCUGAUAUUAAACUCGAUGAAGCAGAACUAUGUGAUGCACAUAAGGAGGUCGAUGUCCUGCAUUUACCUGAUACAAUCAGUGAAGUUACAGAUGCCCAGAUUUGUAGUGCAAUGGAGGCUAGUAAUCCACAUCAUUUCCCUACAUCUAAGGAAGCCAAGGACUCACAGAUUUAUCAUUCAACCGAGGAAGUUAAUGUGCCAAAGUUUCCUGACACAGCUAACAAGGUUGAAAAUUCAGAGCUUUACCAUGGCUCUAUUAAGAGCUCUCCACAUACAGGUGAACUGGUUGCUGAAAUUGUUUCAGAGUCAUCUUUUGUACCUCAUGAGGAUAUAGUGCAGAAAGGAAAUAACAAUGUUUAUAUAAAACAGAGAUGAAUGUGCAGCCCAAAGCUAAUGCAUAAACUUCACGAUGGAUGAUAGGCUUGGUCAUCUGAAGCUGUCCAUUUGAUGACUUCUGGAUAGCACGCUUGGAAGUACGUGAAGCAAGUAGGGUAGCCCGAAAUGAAACAAUCGUUUGCUACCACUGCCGGAAUUUUUUAGUGGGAUUUGGAACUUGAGGUGAAGAAGAGACAAAAAUCACAAUUAACUUUUAAGGGGGUAAAGUUCCAAUGUGUUGGAUGCUGCCAGUUGACAUGAAUGCCCCUUUCUAUGGUGAAUCCAAGAGUGGACUCAAAAGGGCAGUGAGGGAAGAAAUGACCAGAAAAAGAAAUGAAAACGAGGCGUCUGCCGUCUGUCUUGAUUAUUGGGGCAAAUUUCUAAUGCUCUGUUUCUUGGAACUACAAUAAAACUAAUCAUGAUUAUUAUUAGUAUGAAUAUUUUUCACAUGAUUAAUCAGAUUAUAAUGAUGUUUAUUUGAUCUGAAGUCUAGUGAAAAAAGGUCAGUGACAUAAAUUGCUUACUUGGAACAGUGAGAAAAUCUUACAUAAUUUUAUGCGUCAACAUUUCAGAUCU